UCAUGUAUCUUCACAUGCCGUGCAUUGCGAAUUCUGAGGUUGGCUGUAUCUCUCUCAGGAUCGAUUUGCCGUCAAUUCUUCGUUCGUUUCGUGUUACGUGAAUUUCGCAACUGCAUUGGUUGCAGGUUAAUUUUAUCAAGAUGUUCAAUCAGGUGUUACGACCGAUCGUACGCAAUGUGGCCAGAAAUGGUAUUCGUUCAUCCAGCUCAAAAGUGGUAGAUAUUAAGUUGCCAACGAUAAAUGACAUACCUGUCCCAAAAGGACCAUGGCAGGAGUAUUAUGAUAAAAGACAGAAAGUAUAUAAUACUCAAUUAGCCCUUGGCACUGCUGUCUUACUGGGUACCAUAAUUUUUGUAAAAGAAUCAGGCAUUAUCUUCUUUAACUAUGGCCCGCCUGAAGAACCUACUGAGAAGUGAACAUUCAUCUGAAUAAAUAUAUUAGCUAAUUACGAUAGAUAUGUACAAAGCAAUCCAAACACAGCUAUAAUGAAUAUUGCGUACCUUA